AUGGAGCCCAAGCUGCUCCUUCUGCUUCUUGGCCUUUGCUUAGCUGGCCUCAUCCUGGGCUCCGAGCAUGAGACUCGUCUGGUGGCAAAGCUCUUUGAAAAUUAUAACAGCGUGGUGCGGCCCGUGGAAGACCACCGCCAGGUUGUAGAGGUCACCGUGGGCUUGCAGCUGGUUCAGCUCAUCAAUGUGGAUGAAGUCAAUCAGAUCGUAACCACCAAUGUUCGACUGAAACAGCAAUGGGUGGAUUACAACCUUAAAUGGAAUCCAGACGACUAUGGUGGUGUGAAAAAAAUCCAUGUUCCCUCCGAAAAGAUCUGGCGCCCAGACCUCGUUCUUUAUAACAAUGCAGAUGGUGACUUUGCCAUUGUCAAGUUCACCAAAGUGCUCCUGGACCACACUGGCCACAUCACGUGGACACCUCCAGCCAUCUUUAAAAGCUACUGUGAGAUCAUUGUCACCCACUUCCCCUUUGACGAGCAGAACUGUAGCAUGAAGCUGGGCACCUGGACCUAUGACGGCUCUGUAGUAGCCAUCAACGCGGAAAGUGACCAGCCAGACCUGAGCAACUUCAUGGAGAGCGGAGAGUGGGUGAUCAAGGAGGCCCGGGGCUGGAAGCACCGGGUGAUCUACGCCUGCUGCCCCACCACGCCCUACCUGGACAUCACCUACCACUUCGUCAUGCAGCGCCUGCCUCUCUACUUCAUUGUCAAUGUCAUCAUUCCCUGCCUGCUCUUCUCCUUCCUAACCGGCCUGGUGUUCUACCUGCCCACAGAUUCAGGAGAGAAGAUGACCCUGAGCAUCUCUGUCUUACUGUCCUUGACUGUGUUCCUCUUGGUGAUCGUGGAGCUGAUCCCGUCCACCUCUAGCGCUGUGCCCCUGAUUGGGAAAUACAUGCUGUUCACCAUGGUGUUCGUCAUUGCUUCCAUCAUCAUCACUGUGAUCGUCAUCAACACGCACCACCGUUCACCCAGCACCCAUGUCAUGCCUGAGUGGGUGCGGAAGGUGUUUAUCGAAACGAUUCCAAAUAUCAUGUUUUUCUCCACAAUGAAAAGGCCAUCCCGAGAAAAACAAGACCGAAAGAUUUUUACGGAAGACAUCGAUAUUUCUGACAUUUCUGGGAAGCCUGGGCCUCCGCCCGUGGGCUUCCAUUCUCCCCUGAUCAAACACCCGGAAGUGAAGAGCGCCAUUGAAGGCGUCAAGUACAUCGCGGAGACCAUGAAGUCCGACCAGGAGUCCAAUAACGCGGCCGAGGAAUGGAAGUACGUUGCAAUGGUGAUGGACCACAUCCUCCUUGGGGUCUUCAUGCUGGUCUGUAUCAUUGGAACCCUGGCUGUGUUUGCAGGUCGGCUUAUUGAAUUAAAUCAGCAAGGAUGA